AUGGAUCAAGACGGUGCCUUUCCAUUGGGCAGCUUCCGCGCGUUUCCCAUUGGCCAAGUCCGAGGUGGGGCCUGAAAACAAGAACUGCCCGAUCGUGGCCCAAAUCAUACGUUUGCGGCACCGAGAUUUUGCCACCCACCCACCCUGGGAUGUGAUAGGAACUAAAGCCAAGCAGACCCAAAAGGGUUCGAUACACAUCGGCCUGGGCAGAAAUAUACACCCCUCGCCCAUCACGGUCAACCGGUUUCUCCCGGAAUUGAAGAGGAGGGGGAAAGGGCCGGACUUUCCAACGAACUGGAUACGGAGAAAGGACGCGUGAUGCUGCGGCUGUUCCUGUCGCCGCCUUAAUCUCCGCCUUAGUCCUGGUCCUGCGGCAGCGCACAAUUAACGGACUGGCCCCAGAGGUAUAGACGACGGCGUGCGCCGGCCUUGUCACCCGUCCCCAAACAACCUGCGGUGCUUAUCCCAGUAAAUUGAAGCCCAUUCAGAAGUGCUUUCAAGAUGGCUGCUUUUAGGUCCGGGUGGAGGGAAACGUAAUUGCAAUGCUAGAGGCUAUGGCCUCUUAUAAAGGUAUCUCUCUCUCUCUGCCUCUCUCUUUUCUCCCUCUCUUCCUCUCUCAUCUCUCUCUUUCUCCCUCUCUCUCUUAUCUCUUUCUCCCUCUCUCUCUCAUCUCCUCUCUCUUUUUCUCUCAUUUCUCUCUCAUGUCUUUCUCUUUCUUUCUCCCUAUCUCUCUCUCAUCUCUUCCUCUCAUCUUUUUCUUUCAUUUCUCUCAUCUCUUUCUUUCUUUCUCCCUAUCUCUCUCUUUCUCAUCUUUCUCUCACACAUCUCUUCUCACUCAUCUCUCUUUCAUCUCUUUCUCUCUCUGUGUGUGUGUGUCUCUUGUCUCUCUCUUUCCCUCCCCCUUCUAUGUGUCUCUUGUCUCUCACUUUCCCUCACCUCUCUCUCUGUCUCUUGUCUCUCUCUUCCCCCCCUCUCUGUGUCUCUUCUCUCUCUCUCUCUUUCCUUCCCUCCCUCACUCUCUCUCUCUCUCCAUCCCCAAUGGGGGGAAGGAACUUCUUAACUGGUGCUGCAUGGUGGGAGUCUGAUGUCUGGAAGCCAACGAGCCAUGUACUGAAGACCAGAUGGGGGCAAUCCCGAAAAAAUAACACAUGUCUUGUCACUUGCGAGUGCUUAUGAAACAGAGAUGGACGACAGGCCUGAGAGCGCACAGCACCCCAGCGCAGCACUCUCCCAAGGGAUGCCCACCCAGCCCCCUCCACCUUGCUAGUCCAGGUGAUGAUGAUCUGCGUGCUUCCCUUGCAGGCCAGGCCAUUUCAGGAAACACCCAGGAAGGGCUCUGGUGCCGCGAUCUCCUGCGUGCUUCCCUCGCAGGCCAAGCCAGCUUGGGAAAACACACGGGAAGGACUCCGGUGCCGUGAUCUCCCACACACUUCACUUUCAGAGUAGGCCAGCUUUGGGAAACACACAGAAGGGCACUGGUGCCAUAAUCUCCUACACGCUUCCCUUGCAGGCCAGGCCGGCUUAGGGAAACACACAGGAAGGGCUCCAAUGCUGCGAUCUCCCACGAGCUUUCCUCACAGGCCAGACCGGCUUGGGGAAACACACUGGAAGGGCUCCGGUGCCACAAUGUCCUGCAUGCUUCCCUCCCUCCCCACGCGCAUUGGUUCACCUGCUGCUGGUAUCACCCCUCCGUCAGCUUGCCCUCCCCCAUUCACCUGCUGGCCCAUGCCCUUCGGCCUUACCUUUGUGAGCAGCGGUGAGCAGAAAUACGCAGCAGCUAGAUUCUGCAAGUAGUGGCAGGGUGGGGUGGGCGUGCCCAGACAUAAUUUCUACUACCAGUUCGCCCGAACUCGUCAGGACCGGCUGAAUCCCACCACUGCACACAGACCAUUCAGAACCACACCAAGGCUAUCCCUUUCAUAUACCUCCACAUAAAACUUUCCCUAGGCUGGUUCUUGCUCUGUGGCACUAAGGUCUAUGCAUGCAUACCUUCCUGCCAAUUCAAUGGGGGCCCAUGUCCCACCUCAGGUGAUUAACAAUCCCUAUGCCCUCACUGAAGAGUAUCGGAAAACAGAUCUUCAAACCUGAAGCCCUGAUUGUGACUCACAAAUAAUGCUGCCCAGUAAGGCAGAAUAUAUUGUACUGGCGAUCUCAUUAGGGGGAGUCCUAGAACGCACUGUGUGCAAUUUCAGAAAUAUUAAUAGCCUGGGCUUGCACACUGGCUAAUCUCAAUUUGAUCUCACAAGCCGUGGAUGCACUAAACUAAGAGUUAAGGCAGGUUCAGGAAGCAACUCUUGAAAAUGGGCAGCCAUGAGAGCACAAUCAUGGCUGUGAAGAAUUUUGGGACAUAUGCUUGCUUCAACUUGACUGAAAGCUCACAGAAAGUGACAUCAAACAUCUAAAAAUAAUUGGCAUAGAAAAUUGGAUACUAUAAAUUUCUUUUCUACUUAACAAAACAUUUGCCCUGGCUGCUAAACCUCCAUGGGUUGAAAGCUCUCUUUUGGGGAGCCACUGUAGGGAUCCUUUUCUUCUGCCUCUAUCAAUGCCUUUCCCUUUGGAUUAACAAUCUAAGAAGUUGCUUCCCUGCAUCCUGGAACUCCCCCCACAAAAAAAUAAAAGCACCCAUCAAGUCUCCCUCAUCAGCUCGAUUCUUAAUCUUGUGCCAAUAAAAGUGUGUGUGUCACCCACACUUUUAUCAGUGGUGGGUUGCUACCAGUUCAUUCUGGUUCAGGUGAACUGGUAGCAGUGGUGGCGGGAGGCUCUGCCUACCCGUCUGAACAUCAUCAAAUAAGAUCUGUGUAUGCGCAGAAGCUUUUGUGCAUGUGCAGAAGUGGCUCAUGCACGAGCGAAGUGAGCAUGUGUGCGCGAGUGAACUGGUAGCAAAGAUAAGUGAAACCCACCCCUGACUUAUAUGGCACAAAGAGGAAAGUGCCCCCCCAUAUUAAAAUAUUCUUUAUUCUUAAUAUUAAAAACAGGCAGAAUAUUAUAUUUUCCCAGAGGAGAAUUGGAAAAAAAUCAUAACAAAGGCAGAAAACAGCCCCUGUCUUCCUUUCAUAGGAAAACAGCUUCAAAUUAAGAAACUUUGUCACGAGUGUUUUCAGAAUUGCUGUAGCUACUUGAUCAGUCACAAACAGUAUGGACCCAAUCAAGCCAUCUCCUGUUUGCAAUUAACUGCAAGCCUUCCCUGCCCUAGUUAAUUGCAGGUUAACUCCCCAUAUAAGAAUGGACCUUUCUGCUUGCUAUUUGGGCCUAGACGCUGUUUAGGCCUAGAUGCAGAGCCAGUGCUGAAGCACCUGGAUGCAGAGCCCAGAGCAGAGCUGCAGAAGGGAGGAGAACUCAGCUAAGGAGUCCUGAUGGCUGCAGCAGAGAUAGCAGCAGAAAAGGAGCCAAAGAGCUGUGUAAAAAUACUCCCAUGGAGCUAGCUGCAACUCUGAGUUGAGAUAGCUGGGAGCCUUUUGAAGUCUCCAAUUUCCGCUUGCCUUUUGCUGAGUUGAAGCACGCAAGCCAACAUCUGAACUGUUGCUGCUGUUGGAGCUACGAUCGGAGGGAGAGCUGGACAGUUUCCCUGCCAGGAGCUUCAAGCCACAUUUGCUGAUAGAAUUGUUUUUCACAGGUGACUUUUAGCUGUGAAGUUUACGCUGCUGCCCUUCUACCAUCUCGAUGAUGUAUCGACACCGAAGCUGUUUAAUGUCAUGUUAGUUUUUUCUUAUGGACUGUUUCGGUAUUGUGGAGAGGAAUUUAGGGAGAUGGCCUGGCUUCAUUUAACCAAGAUAAGACGUUGUUGUUAAUGUGCCUUUUUUAAAGAUAUAGUGUUUUUUAAACAUUUUGAAGUAAAGUAUAUUUUUAUACAAGACUCCUCUGCUAGUUUUAUUUCAGUCCUAGUGUGUUUGCUUGUCACGGUUCGGGGACAACCCUCAACCCCAUCCUGACAAUUGGUAGCAGAGGAUGGUUUAGCGAACCUCCACUCAUGUGGCGAUACGCUAGACUGAAAUGUCUGCAAUUGAAUUAAAGCAGGAAAAACAGAUGUUGACUAGGACUGCAGUGAAAAGCAUGGAGUCACAAAGUGGACUGUCUGGGGCUCAGGCCAAAACUGUUUUGGCUGAAAAACCCCAAACUCUAAUUGACCAAGAGUGUAGUGGAGCUGCAGGUUUUGGAGCAGAAGCCUUAUUUUUUGAAAUGCCUAAGGCAGUGAGUAAACCACCAUCACCUAAAGAAGUAAAGACUAGAAGAACGCCACUUCAGGCCUCGAAAACAAACUUAGAGGUGGAUGAUGAACUCAGGAAGGCAAUCCUUCAAGCUUUAGGUUUGCCAGUAAUAAGUGAGAACCCGAUUGCUGAUUUUAGCGAAUCAUUGAAGAAUCCAGCCAUAAUGACAGCUAAAGGAAAGAAGAUCGAAGUCCUAGAAAACACCGGACUGGUAAGAGACUUUCAAUCCUUUUCUAAAACCCCUAUUUUGGACUAUAAGUGGAGAAUGGGGGAUAACAGACUGCCUGAUUUGAAUGUCCCUGCUUCUUCAUUAGACCAGCAUGGCCAAGUUGAUACAGUGCCACCUGCUGUCAAAACCAUUAUAGAUCAGGCCAUAAAAAUUCUAGCUCCCUUGACUUCCGGUUUCCCUGUCUUCGGCGACGGCGGCGCCUUUUGAAGCUCCGCCAGCCCCGCUGCCCGUAGAGCCGCUCCGAGACGAAGAAGCGGCUCGAAAACUUCCAAAUCCGUAGGAUUGAGGAAGAAGAGAUCGCAGGGCACAGGUCGAGCCCCUGCAACCCCCCAGGGAAGUUUCUGGGGGAGAGAACAGGCGUGGCUCCCUCCCAACCUGCUGAAACUCCGGGCGACGUGGGACAAUUCUGCUUUCGCAGAACAAGCCGGCUGCAGGAAACUCAAAGCGAAAAGAACCAGCUUUAAUAAACAGCGAAAUUACCUGAAUCCUGAAACUUGGAAACGCAAGUAUUAGCGCUUUGUUGACUUUUUAAACUGAGAAAAAUGCGAAUGAGUGAAAGUGCUUUGAAAAAACAUGGCGCUCAGCCUUAGAGUUAACGAGCCAGCGAGUGUGGAUUGGUGAAGUUAUCUUGUUUUGUUACAAAGUUUCCAAGUUGCUACAAAGUUGCCUUGUUUGUAAUAAGAGAAACAAGUGGAAAAUUUCUCCCUUUUUAAUGCUUGACUUUGCUUUACUUCAACCUUUAUUUGAUCAAAUCUGGGGGACUUUUUUAGAAGUCUUUGUGCAGGAGGGAAAGGAAAAGGAACUUCCCUCUUUAGAAAAACUAGAUCACGUGGCAGGAUGGCUUCAAAGAAGCAGGAAGGGAAGGCAACAGGGGGGGGAUCCCCUACACACAAACAUGAAACGCAGCUUCCCCCUGCUCAACAGCUACAGACUCAGAAAAAAGAAAUUGAUGUGGGAGAUUUAAAAGAAUUUAUUUCUAGAACUUUGGAUGACAAAUUUCAAAAAUCUCAACAGGAGAUAGAUGAUAAACUUCAAAAAUCACAUCAGGAGUUUAUGCAGGAAAUUAAUGAAGUUAAAGAUAUGGUGAAACAGAAUCAAAACAAGGUGACCAAAAAAAUAUCAGAAGUGGCAUCUGGCCUGGCAGAAUUUAUUGGGAAAGUUGAUUUUAAAGUUGAAGAAUUUAAAUCAGAAGUUAAUGUUAAGAUGAAAGACAAUGAUUAUAAAAUUGCUGAUGUUGACAAUAAAAUGCAAAGAGUUGAAAACGAGAUUGUCAUGAUACAAUUCAGGGCAAUGGAGUUUGCUAUACGGCUUCGAGGAAUUCAAGAGGAGGAAAGACAGGAUUUGAGACAAGUUUGUUCUGAGGCCCUGGCUAAGAUUUUACAAGUUAAUCCAGAUGUGGUUUUUCACAAAAUAGACAAAAUUUACAGAGUGAACUCUUGGGUGGCCAGACAAAGACAAUUACCUAGAGAUGUGGUCAUAUAUUUUACAGAUAGAGAAAUAAGAAACGAUAUCCUGCAAAAAUCCUUUUACACUUCUGUACAAGUGGGGGGCUCACGAAUUGGAAUUUAUAAAGAAUUGCCUCCUAAAAUGCUGAAAGCUAGAAAAGAAUUUGGCUUUCUUGUUAAGGAAUUGCAAAAUUUACAGAUACCUUUCCGGUGGGACGCACCAGUUGGCAUAAUUUUCAGAUACAAGGGAGAAAGAUACCGUUUGAAUACCGUGGAGAAGGCACAGCACUUCUACACUACUAUUCUUAAGGAAAGAACACCAUCUCCACGUACAUCUACAGUUUUGGAGAUUAAAGAGAGUGAAGAGAAGCAACCUCAACGAGAACUGCAAGAACAGUCUAAGCAGGAAUUAGAAGAAGUGCAAGGUGCAGAAGGAGGUUUUCUGGAUGAGCCCUUGCUGGAAUCUUCUCCAAUCUUGGACCCGGUUCGGAUGAUUGAAGUUAAGGAUCAACGUAUAACUCGAGCUCAAGCUAAGUUACUUAAACAAAAGCAACAACAACAACAGGAAAGACAAGACAAGGAGGCAGAUAAGAGUACUGCACAAGAGACUGGAGCUAUGGGAGGAGCGAGAUCGAAGCUUUCGGAUGAUCUUCAAUUAUUUUGCUCUUUGCUCCAGAAAGAGGCUGAUGAUGUUUAAGUGUUUAUCCUGGAAUGUUAAUGGGUUGAAUUCAGCACAGAAAAGGAAGAAAUUAUUUACAUAUUUGAAACAAUUUAAUAAUGAUAUAAUUUGUUUACAAGAAACGCAUAUCACAACUCAAGAUCAAAAAUAUUUGAUAAACUCCAAACUAGGAACACAUUUUAUAUCUUCAACUUCGCAAAAAAAGAAUGGUGUGGUAAUUUAUGUAAAUAAAAAGUUAACAGCUAAAGUUAUAGAAACAGAUGAAGAUGGUAGGUUUGUAGCAAUUGAAUUGUCUACAGUAAAUGGCCAAAUUCUUCUGAUUGGGAUUUAUGCUCCCAAUCAACAACAGGACUAUUUCUAUAAGAUGUUACAUACUAAAAUAUUGCAAUGGGAUUACAGAUCUAUUUUAAUGAUGGGAGACUGGAAUGGAGUAAUCGACUCUAAAUUAGAUAAAAAACGUUUGGCAAAGUCUAGAAUCAGAUUACCACAGACCUUUUUUGACAUGAAAGAAGAUAUGGAACUAAAAGAUGUUUGGAGAAUACAUAAUCCAAAAGAAUUGGACUAUACUUUUUUUUCUGACAGACACAGAUCCUUCUCUAGGAUUGACUUUAUUUUGUUGACAGAUGAUUUACUUGUUAAGACAAAAAGAACAAAGAUUUUUCCAAGAACUUUGACUGACCAUAGCCCAGUAUGGAUAGAAAUUGAGAUGGACAAGGUUGAGAGACAUUCUUGGAGAUUAAAUGAGAAUUUGUUUAGAUAUGAAAAAAAUACAACAGAACUUAAAAAGCAUUUGAAAGAAUUUUUUGAAAUAAAUUUGAAUAAAGGUACCCCAAUUGAAAUUGUGUGGGAUGCAAGUAAAGCUUAUAUGAGAGGGGUACUUAUCUACAUGAACUCUAAACAUAGACUGUUCCGACAAAAGAAAA